AUGGGAAAUUCAGAUGUCAGUAAUGUCCACGGAUCCUUUCCUUCGUCCAAGCGUGGAAGCAUUGUAUCGCGAACUACUCAAGCACAGAGACACUGGUAUUGUUCCAAUGCGUUCGAUCAGAUUUCGCUCUUCAAUAUCCAAAAGCGUACCAUUUACAAGGCACUCUGUCUUUUUGCCAAGAGCAAUGCCGAUUUGCAUUUCUGCGAGGUCCACCCCGGUGGAGAUAAGCAGCCCUUAGACGAAUCAACCGCACUUAACUAG